AUGUCGGAUAACAAUCGUGGUCAUUUCCAAUCCGUCUCUCGUUUCUGGCUUUGCCUUUGUAAAAGUUAUGCCGUUUGGGUUGAAAAAGACAACCAUGGACCGCCACAUGUUAGCGGCAUUUCCGACGCCGCGGCCACGGACAUUGUCCCGACUGAUGUCCCGAACAUACCUAUACGCGACGGGUUUGAAGUUGCACUCUUGAAUCCACGGCCCGACCCGAAGCGAUUCGCAGACAGAGAGUGGGUCACUGGCGACUUUUACAUGCGCGCGGGGGAGAUAGUCCUGGAGAAGACGGGAGCGCGGGACGCACGCGUACUUGAACAUCAGAACCAGGUGCACGCAGACCAGACCUCUGCUGCUGGGUGGGCACGGCUGAAGACGCUUUGGCCGGAGGUUGCUAGUGACCAGGUCGGCACAGUUCGGCAUGAUCGCGACUUUCAGAGUAGCAACGUUGUACCGGCGGACCGCAUUGGCGAGAGUUACAUGGCUUACCACCACCCCGAGCAUAGCUGGUACUUCCUCAGCGAGCAGGCAGGAGACGAAGCAUGGGUUUUUAUGUCAUGGGAUUCCGAUCCGCAUGCGCCGCAACGUAAGUGCUCAGAACAAGAACUGCCGUCCAAGAAACAGGUUCAGAACCUAACAAUCGCGUCUUGGUAG